AUAAGAUGGGAUACCAAAAUUCUCCAGCUUCUGCUGAAGUGAGAGAGAGAAGUAGUACAGAGAAAGAGCCAUGGCAGGAGCUUGCUUAUCUUCUUCUUCUUCUUGUUGUUGGAACUUGACUUCUAAAUUCAAUACCCUUUCUCUCAAUGGACCUCACCCCAACGCUGCAGCAUUGAAGCCCCUCAGCUUCUCUGCCAACACUUCCCUCAAUCUCUUCUCCAAAGGGAGUGUAUCGCUGACUUCGGUGCAAAUGCCGUUUCGUCAUUCAAUCGUUUGCGAAGCGGCUCCAACGAAGAAAGCGGAUUCAGCAGCGAAAAGGGCAAGACAAGCUGAAAAGAGGCGGCUUUACAACAAGGCUAAAAAAUCUGAGGUCAAGACUCGGAUGAAGACGGUUUUGGAAGCAUUGGACACAUUGAAGAAGAAGACCGAUGCACAGUCAGAGGAAGUUAUUUCUGUUGAGAAGUUGAUCGCGGAGGCAUAUUCAGCAAUCGAUAAAGCAGUCAAAGCUGGGUCACUUCACAGGAACACUGGAGCAAGAAGAAAAUCUCGGCUUGCUAGAAGAAAGAAAGCAGUUGAGAUCCAUCAUGGAUGGUAUGUGCCUGCUCCAGUCGCAGAACCCGCUCUUGUAGCCACAGCUUGAUGUCAUCCACAUUUUCCAUUUUGAAUGUAAAGCAGUGGCAGAUUGUGAAGAAUUCAGCUUCCUAAAGUAUGAUCAGAUUAUUCCAUUUUUGAUAUUGUAUAUGACCUUGUUGUGCAAUCAAUUUCUCCUUUUCUUUUGCUCUUCA